AUGACCGCCCCGUCCAGUGACAACCAACCGAAGCUAGGCCUUCACGCCGCCGACGUGAUCGACUACAGCGAGUCCGCCCGCUCCCUCUCUGGCUACAAGACCACCCUGCGUCAGCCCUAUCCCGCGAUCGAGCCGUUCGAGUCCGGCACUCUCGCUGUCGACUCGCGUCACACGCUCUUCUACGAGUGGAGCGGCAACCCGUCCGGUCAGCCCAUCAUUUGCGUCCAUGGUGGUCCCGGAGGCGGUAUCUGGUCCGAGGAGCGUCGCUGGUUCGACCCUGCACACUAUCGCAUUCUCACCUUCGACCAGCGUGGUGCGGGUCAGUCGACACCGCAUGCCGACCUGGUGGACAACACCACCUGGCAUUUGGUGGCAGACAUCGAGAAGCUGCGCGAGAAGUUUGGCGUGCAGAAGUGGCACGUCUUCGGCGGCUCGUGGGGGUCGACGUUGUCGCUGGCGUAUGCGCAGAAGCAUCCGGAGCGCGUGAGCGCGUUGAUUCUUCGUGGCAUCUUCACGUUGCGCAAGAGCGAGUUGUCGUUUUUCUACCAAGGUGGUGCAUCGCAUAUCUUCCCCGAGCAGUGGGAUAUCUACCGCGAUGGCAUCCCGGAGGCCGAGCGAAACGACUUCAUCACGGCGUACAACAAGCGUCUCACCUCGGACGACUCUGCUGUUCGCCUGGACGCAGCUCGCCGCUGGAGCACCUGGGAGAACUCAACAUCGAAACUCUACGUCGAUGCAAACAGCCUUGCCAAGGGAGAGGACGACGACUGGGCCCUCGCCUUUGCGCGCAUCGAAAACCACUAUUUCAUCAAUGAAGGCUGGAUGCGCGACGGCCAGCUGCUCGAGAAGAGCGAGAUCGAUAAGAUUCGUCAUAUCCCAGCGACCAUCGUCCAGGGAAGGUACGAUGUGGUUUGCCCAGCAACGACCGCCUGGGAGCUGCACAAGGUUUGGCCCGAGGCAGAGUUUCAUAUGGUCCCCGACGCGGGUCACUCGGCGAAGGAACCGGGCAUCGCGGAUAUUCUGGUCAAGGCGACCGACAAGUACCGCUCUAUCAAGGGAUGA